UACAAAUUCACAGUUAUAAAAACUAACCCUUAAAAUGUCUUCUAAACUCUGAGUUCAUCAUUUCAUCUAUAGAAACGGUAUUCUGUCACUUGGGUGAGAAUGGCCAUAAAAUAUGAGGGUCCUGCAAUAGGAAUUGAUUUAGGCACCACCUAUUCAUGUGUUGCUGUUUGGCAGGAACAGAACAAUAGGGCUGAGAUCAUUUUCAACGAACAAGGAAAUAAAACUACUCCUUCCUUUGUUGCUUUCACUGAUACUCAAAGAUUGAUUGGUGAUGCUGCCAAAAAUCAAGCUGCAGCAAACCCAUCAAAUACUAUCUUUGAUGCAAAGAGGUUAAUUGGUAGGAAAUACAACGAUUCAGUUGUUCAGGAUGAUGUUAAGCUCUGGCCCUUUAAGGUCAUUGCUGGUAGUGAUGACAAACCCACUAUUGUUGUUAAGUACAAGGGUGAAGAAAAGCACCUUGUUCCUGAGGAAAUCUCAUCCAUGGUUCUCACAAAAAUGAGGGAGACUGCUGAGGCAUUUUUAGGGUCACCUAUCAAGAAUGCUGUGGUUACCGUGCCGGCUUAUUUCAAUGAUUCCCAACGAAAAGCCACCAAAGAUGCUGGUACUAUUGCUGGCCUCAAUGUUCUGCGGAUAAUCAACGAACCAACGGCUGCAGGUCUUGCGUAUGGCCUUCAGAAGAAAUCUAGUUUUUCUGGAAAGCGAAAUGUUUUCAUAUUUGAUCUCGGUGGUGGAACUUUUGAUGUGUCUCUUCUCACUAUUGAGGAUGAUAGCUUUGAAGUGAAGGCCACUGCUGGUGAUACUCACCUUGGAGGAGAGGACUUUGACAACAGAAUGGUGAAACAUUUUGUCAAGGAGUUUAAGAGGAAGCACAAGAAGGACAUUAGUGGGAACCCAAGAGCCUUAAGGAGGUUGAGAAGUGCUUGCGAGAGGACAAAAAGAACACUUUCAUUCGCUGUAGAUACCACCAUUGAGGUAGAUGCUUUAUUUGAGAGCAUUAACUUCUCUUCUUCAAUUACUCGUGCCAGAUUUGAGGAACUCAACGCGGAUCUAUUUACAAAGUGUAUGGAGACAGUUGAGAGGUGUCUUAAUGAUUCUAAGAUGGACAAGAGUGAUAUAGAAGAUGUUGUCCUUGUUGGUGGAUAUUCUAGGAUUCCCAAAGUUCAGGAGCUUUUGCAGGAUUUUUUUGAAGGUAAGGAACUAUGCAAGGGGAUCAAUCCUGAUGAGGCUGUUGCUUAUGGUGCAGCUGUGCAAGCUGCUUUGUUCAGUGAAUGUGCCAUUAAGAAUGUUCCGAACUUGGUGCUAUUGGAUAUUACCCCGUUGUCUUUAGGUUGGGGGCUAAUAAGAGAUCGCAUGAGUGUAGUGAUUCCUAGGAAUACUACUAUUCCUAUAAAGAUGACAAAGGAUUAUGUUACAGUUAAAGAUAACCAAUCUUAUGUCUUGAUUAAGGUUUAUGAGGGUGAGAGAACUAGAGCAAGUGAUAACAAUUUGUUAGGCUCUUUUCGUCUUACUGGCCUCCCUCCUGCUCCUCGUGGCCAUCCUUUUGAUGUAUGCUUUUCUAUAGAUGAAAAUGGCAUCCUAACUGUUUCUGCUGUGGAAAAAACCACUGGAAAUAAGAAUGAGAUUACCAUAACCAAUGAAACAGACAGGCUGUCAGCUAAAGAAAUCCUAAGAUUGAUUCAAGAAGCUGAGAAUUACAAGGCUGAAGAUAUGAAGUUUAAGAAGAAAGUGAAAGCAAUGAAUGCUCUUGAUGAUUACGUUUACAAGAUGAAAAAGCUUAUGAAGGAUAAGUGUGUCAGUUCUAAGCUUUCUCCAAUGGACCAAGUUAUGAUCAAGUCAGCAAUUCUAAAGGGCCAAGAUUUGCUUGUUGAUGACCAGCAGGAAGAGAAGUUUGUGUUUGUGGACUUAUUAAGGGAGCUUAAGAGCAUAUUUGAACCUGCAAUUGUCAAGAUCAACAAUGCUUGGACAGAUGUGUAUAGUGAUGAGGAUUAAUAAAAUUGUAGUAAUUUGCUUUGCAUUCAUCAAUUUCAGCUUUCUCAUGUUUACAGCUUUAUCAUUAUUCUUCUUUGAUUACAAUGCUAUGAUUGUAGUAUUUUCCUUUUUAUUUUUGGUAUUGUUUAGUUCCAUUGAGAUUAGUUGUGAAGUAAAUGGA